ACAUUAACUUCAGAGCCUGGUACGGAAAUCGGGUGCUGGAAAAUGAUGAGAAGCUCUAUCUUCCUAAGUUUAUGUCUCUACUUGUCGCCUGCGGUUUCCCAAUAUAAUCGUGUGGAGAGCUGCAACCCACUGCACAGCUCUGGCAUGCAGAUCGUGCGUUUGGAAGUUGGGAUAAUCAACGUUUGCGCCAUACACACAUCUACGUAUAUUAGCUGCCAGUACGGUCGAGCACCCAUCAUUGUUAUUGGAAAAGGGGUUCGAGUCCUCAGCGUUACAGGUCUACCUGCACCCAUGACGUGUUGAAACAUUCACAUGCACCCGCUCAAAGCACUCCUCAAUCCGGACCUGCUCCCGUUUAGCCGGGUGGCACCUUUCCCAUUCUGGCCACUCCUUUGCGCCCCCCCUGUUGCGUUGGGGAUUGUGCCCCGACGCUUUGCCUCC